AUGCGUCAGCUGAAGCACCACGAGAAGAAGCUCCUCAAAAAAGUAGACUUUUUGAACUGGAAGCAAGAUGCGAGCCAGAGGGAGAUCAAAGUGAUGCGAAAGUACCAUAUCCAAGACCGAGAAGACUAUCACAAAUACAACAAGCUGUGUGGUUCUUUACGGUCUUUGAUCCACAAACUUUCGCUCUUACCCGCCCAAGAUCCGUUUAGGCAGCAGAGAGAGACGGAGAUGUUGAAUAAGCUGUAUGAUAUGGGUAUCCUCGACGUUGGCGUCAAACCCUCCGAAAUCGAAACCAAAGUAACCGUCUCCUCCAUAGCCCGGCGCCGACUCGCCGUCAUCGUCGCCCGCCUCAAAAUGGCCCAGACCGUAUCCGACGCCGUCAAAACGAUCGAACAAGGGCAUAUCCGUGUAGGCCCGGCGCCGGUGACGGACCCGGCGAUGCUUGUUACGAGGGGGCAGGAGGAUUUCGUUACUUGGGUGGAUACGAGUGCUAGGAAGAGGACGGUUAUGAAGUAUAAUGAUGAGGUGAGCUCGUUCUUGAACGUUGGUUUGUGGCUGUGGGUGGGGCUAACGGGUGUGUAG